AUGACAGAGAUAGCAGGGAUGAUGGAGCGAGAGAUGAUGGGUGCUAAAAGAGAGGAUUGUGAUCCUUCGAAGGUCCCCGUCCAAACUCCUUGCUACGGGACUUUUGCACAGCCAGCCGUUCCCCCCGUCGCUCCUCCUCGCAGCUUUCCUCAUUUCUACCACCAACUGCCUCCGGUGCCACCGGCGGCGUACCAAGCCAUACCCGUGAUUCCAGUUGGAUACCAAUCUAUCCCCUACGCGAUAGUGGCAGAAGGCAUACCCGUCAGAGAGCGUCGCCUUCCAUGCGGUGGCAUUGGCAUUGGAUGGGUGUUAUUCUUGUCUGGUUUCUUGCUUGCCGCUGUUCCAUGGUAUGUUGGGGCUUUAAUUUUUGUUAUUGGAGCCCUGGACAAACGCGAGAAACCUGGAUUGGUUGCAUGCACAGUUGCUGCGGUUCUUGCAACAGUACCUAUCUCUUUUAAGACUUUCUUUGAUUAUUUUUCUUAGUGACAUUCAGUCAAAAGAACGUGCAUUUGUUAGUAGAAGGUUGGUUCGUACAUUCUUACUGCUAUUUAUCGUGGUUUUCUAAGUGUAUUUGUAUUUGGCAUCAGCUUAUAUGUGUAUCUCUUGCUUUGUAUUUUUCUCACUGUAUUUAUUUGCUAAAUGAAAUUAUAAGUUUUAUUUGAUCUAGCAUUGAUGCAAGUAAAA